AUGCGCGUGGAAGACCAUAAAAAAAGAGAGUAAACACAGUUUAACAAGAGACUACAUAAAUCUUUUUUUAAUUUCUCUAGCAGUUGAGUUUAAUUCCGAUGAAUAAGAAAAAUAUAAUCAUAAUCAUAUUAUACUAUGUCUUCAUUGGUACUGAACUCUUCCGUUGCGGUACUGAACUCUUCCGUUGCUGUCGUUGCUGUCCUUGGGGAGGCAACUGGCAGGAAGAUCUCUUCUCCCUGACACUUUCAACACCGCAAUCCACCAUUAAUCGGGAACCCGACAAGAGCAGAGCUCCGCCACGAUUACGGAAAGAUAAGAGGCGUGAAAGAGCAGGUAUUGAGAUGCAGAUCAGUGAGAACAACAACUUAUUCGAGCAAUCUCGAGGCAAAGAGAAGAUAAGCAAUUUAAAAUGCUCAUGGCCCUUGUUAUCAGAAAGUUCUGAUGGAGGAAGUGAUAGCACAUUUUCACAUUCAGAUGAUUGUUCAGGCCCCUCAUGAAUUUAUCCUGAUAAUUUCAAUUAAUGAAAUUUGGUUUUUAACUUUUAUACUCACGAUGACUGAAAUUAUCACUGAGGAAGAAUAAAAAACAACUUAAUGUUGCUUGUAAUGUGAAGUAUUUAACUAUGUUGCAUCAAAAGAAAAGAACAUAUUUUGGCAUUUCAUCAUGUAAGUUGUGGUGGAGCUAAAUGAGAAAAUUUUAGCUAUGCUUAUGAAAUAGAAAGUUAGUAGAGUAGCAACUGCUGUAGGCAGAAUUGGUUCACACAUAUAUAAUUAGACCAGGAUGAAAAACUGAUUCCCCCUCCCCUUUUGUGAUUGGGUUUCCUUGAUAGCUUUAUCUAAUUUUUGGGUUUGUUGAGAUUGAUCUCUUGUUUGAUAUGUUUGGUGGGCAUUUCAUAUGAAGUUGAAGUGUUGUUAAUGGUUUAUGCAGAUGAUCUAUACA